GACAUCUGUAGUUUGAAACCGCUCCACAUUAACGCCUCUGCUGUAAGUGAAGACUGCCAACGAGAAUUGUCCGUACAUUUGCGCCCAACGAUUGACACAAAAUGCCCAAAACCAUCAAAGACCACAUCAUAGCCGCCCUGGAAGACAUCGGGAAUUUCAAACUGAAGAGAUUUAAGGCUAAACUGUGCGACGGCCAGGACCGCAGAAUACGCCGCGGAACGAUUGAAAACGCCGACCAGGUUGAUCUGGCUGAGAAACUGAUCAGCACGUACACGGAGAAGAUGGCGGUGAAAAUCACGAUCGAUCUCCUGCGCGCCAUUGACGAGAACCAGGCGGCCGCAGAUCUGCAGGACAGCACGAAGGAAUAAGUCCAUUUUGUGGACAGACACCGGUCCGCCCUCAUCCAGCGGGUCACCAUGGUGGCGCCGAUCCUGGACGCCCUCCUGACCAAG